AACGGAAGUAAGUUAACUUCCUGAUUCUAGAUUGUCACGCAUUGCAUCGAAGAUGUUUCUAUAUCAUCUGUACAUAGCUGUAGCUCUAACUACUGUCUAUAAACAAGUUUACUCUGAGGAGACCCCUGUGUUUGUGCUGAAGGGCCAGGAUGUCUGUCUGGAACUCAAGGAGCAUGCUGAUCCAGAAAAUGUAUCAUUUGUAACGUGGACAUUCCAAUCUGUCAGUGUAUUGAAAUACUUCCGUCCUUCAAAUUUUCUUCAACUUUCAGAAGAUUAUAAAAACAAGGCACACUUUUCAGAAGGAAACUUCUCCCUACUUAUCAAGAACUUUGAAAAAGCAGACAGUGGACUUUAUAGCCUAAAAGUGACACGUUCAUCUAAAGAAAUCGAGACCAUGUAUUUUAUUGUGGUUCAAGAUAAAGUUGACCCACCAGUGCUGACAGUAGACUCAAACACCUCCACUGCUGACCCCUGUAACAUGACUGUGACCUGCAGAACUCUGAACACCUCAGUCUCCUCCACCUGUAACACCACCACCUGCUCUCAGGUGGGAGGAGACAGAGGAGGGGUUGUGACCUCUACUGCUGCUCUCCUCAUCUAUGUAUCUGGGGGGUCCAUCAUCUGUAACCACAGCAACCAGGUCAACUGGGCAAACGAUACCAAGGAGAUUAAAGGGCUUUGCCCUCUUUACCCUACAGGCCAGAUACAAAUCCCUAUUAUUGUCCCUGCAAGCACAACUGCUGUUUUCAUACUGAUCGUGUGUGCUGCCAUAGGUGUUUAUGUGUGCCAAUAUAAGAAAAAGACAAGAACUGUAUGUGUCAACUCAACAUAUGACUCUGUUCAGGGGGCUCCUGUUGAUCAGUCAGCUGACAGCUGCUCACCAACCAUCUACAGCACAGUGCAACUCCCUAAGCCUGAGGAUCCGGAAACCAUGGAGAUGACCGCCAACGCCACACAACUCCCUAACAGCAUUUACGCUCAGGUGACGAAAAAAACCAUCAGGCAUACUAGCACUAGUUAAAUAUAACUUUUGGAAUUGGAAGAUGAUUAUAUUUCUUGAAUUGCACUUUUAUUUUACAAUUCAUUGAAAAGGAAAGCUGGUGCAGUGUUGUGGACUUAACUUAUAUUGUAUUCUCCAUUUCGGUAUGCAAAUAUAAUUUAGUGUUUAAAAGAAAAUGUACCAACGAGUAAUGAGAAGCCUAAAAGUGGCUUGAAAAUAAAGAAUACAUUUGAUCAUCAAGCUGUUAUAAAACUGCAACAACAAACUGUCAAUUGUUGACCAAGUUAAUGAUUUGAAUUGCAGUUGUGAGUAUUAUGUAAAUAAUGAAAUCCUGUGUUGUACAAUGAAUGUGUCAUAGUAAGUUACGGACCAGUUCAGUGAAGUUCAAAAAGCAUCCUUAGUCAAACAUUUAUUUAGUGCUUUUAUAUUUGUCUUUACUGCCGCUACAGGGAUAAGUAUGGCUCAGUGGUCAAGCAUUAGACUGAUGAUCAAAACAUUACAUGUUCUAAUGCCCCUCCAUACAUCAUUUUGCAUAAAAGCGUCUGCUAAAGGAAUGACUGUUUGCAUCCAAGUGUAAUACCAUAAAG